AUGUAUGAUGUUCAGCAGCUGUCACUCUUGACCUUAGAGCUCUUUAGAACAUCAGUCCCAAGUCUCGAUUCGGAGGUCAGCAGAAUCGAGCGUGCUGCCACUGCUGAAGCUCCAGCUCUGCGAAAAAAACCAGUCCCGAUCAACACCAAGGGUGCUUCCCUUACCCAGGCACCGCCCCAAAAUGGCAACGAGUUUUCGUCACAAGGGGAUAUUGGUUUUGAUAUUUCCAAUAAUGUAGACAUAAUCAAGGAUAAUGGCGAGAAGCUCUUCUAUUGCGACUUCCCCCCGAAGAAGCGGGCCAUUAGCACUCCGUCACCGAGUAUAGAAUAUGAGAUUAACAGCCUGAUCCAUGAUGUCCAAACAGCUCUGAAAGAGGCCCGGAUCAAAUGCACUUUAAACUCUCCAGGGAGUUUCAUUCCCCGAGACAGAUUCGAAGAGAUCUUGACACCCGAAAAGGUUUACCUGAUUAUCCACAAUUUAAAGUGCUAUGGCGAGGUUCAGGACAAGCAUGCUGUGGCGCAAGAUAUUUGCUUUGGGGACGAGAGAGGCGCGCCACGAUUAAGGAUAUUUGCCAUUUUAUUAUUGAUGGACAGGUCUGAAGAUAUCAUCAAGUUCAUCGAGGAUGGAGUGUGCGACAAUUGCGUUUUACUGACAGGUUGGCCAACUUCAUGUUCCAUUCAUGGCCGACAUAACGUGCUAGAGCAUUACAUGCCCGAAGAUCUCGAAAUAUUCAUAGGUUGGCGUUGCAUUUUUUCAGCACCAUAUAUCAAGAUUCGGAGAAAUAUGCAUUCCCACUACAUUUUACAGCAUGGACAUUGCCUGCCGAUGAAAGUUUGCACAGUUUUCUCGAAUGAUACCGAAGAACGUGUAGCCCAAAAAGGAGGAUUCAGCAAAGUUUACAAGGUUCAAAUCCCCAAUUCGCAGUACAACGACGAACUGGACGAUCGACAUGAUCGUUGCUUCGCCCUCAAAGAGUUGACCUCCGAAUCUGGUCAACGAGAGGCAUUCAGAGCUGAACUUGAAUUUUCGUUAUAUUUGUCCCACCUAGGCGGAGAGAAGAAACAUUUGAAUAGGCUUCUUGCAUCCUUUGAACGACAUAUAAAAGGAGGCCACUCAAGAUAUUAUUUUCUUUUCGACUGGGCGGAUGGGGACUUGAACCAAUUCUGGAAAUCGAACGAGGCAUCUAGAUUGGAUACCAAUCAUGAAGUCUGGAUGGCAGAGCAGAUGAGUGGGCUCAUAGAAGCUUUGAAACUCAUUCAUAAUGAUAGACCGUGGUUUGGUUGGCAGGAGAACCGCCCGGAACAUGACCUAUCCGAUUUCAGACAUAUGUAUGGCAGGCACGGAGACCUCAAGCCAGAGAAUAUCCUCUUCUUCCAGAGCCCGGGUGGCAAGAGCGACCUGGUUCUUGCAGAUUUCGGCCUCGGAAAACUUCACUCGAAAGUCUCACAGCGUGGGGAAGAUCCAAGAACCUUGGCAAGAACAGAAACAUACCGACCGCCUGAAUUUGACCUACCAGAUCGGUUGAUAACACCUGCUGCAGACAUCUGGAGUCUGGGAUGUGUGUUUCUCGAAUAUGUUUCCUGGUACCUUCGAGAGGCUAACGUGAUCGAGGCCGAAUUCUCCCAGGAAAGAUUACCAAGGGACUCCAACAUAGUGUCGACAGAGCCCUUUUUCAGUAUCGAAAAAGGAGAGAAUGAACGUGAUCGAGCUAUUUUGAAACCUACAGUCAGGCUAUGGAUCCGCCGGCUAAAGGAAAAUGGUAAUACCACGGCAUAUCUGAAGCAAAUACUGGAUAUCAUUGAGCAUGAAAUGCUUGAUUUAGAUGCUACAUCACGAAUUAAAGCCACUGCAUUAAGCAAAAAAUUCAAGAACCUCGUCGAUAUUCUUAUUCAGCGCCGAAUGAACAACGAACCGGCGGAUGACAGCUCGUCCUCGCUAUUUAGACAGGUGUGCAGAGAGAAAGUUCGCGUUGAUAGCAUCAAUCAACAACUUCGACAAAUGCUGUUCGACGCCAAUAGGACCAUCGCAGACCAAAAGUCUGAGCUCGUCGAAGUACGGAGCGAGAGAGAUCAUCACAAAGAAGUUGUUCGUCGAACGAAGGAGUAUAACAACGCUCUUCUUGCGGUAAACGAGAGCUUGGUAGAGGAAUUCACAGACCUCCAAGAUAAGUAUGAUGGUCUGGUUUCUAGAUUCGACAUGCGAAUACUCCCGACACCAACAGACAGUACCAGAUCAUUGACACUGAGCCGAAGGGGAGCUUCUGGCGCUAACAUCAAGAAAAAGUCCCGGGGACAUGAUGCACUCCCUCUCGCUGAUGAUGGAGAUCACCAAAACCAAUAUGAUGGUCUUGUUGCCAAAUACAGAACAUCACUUCCUACACCACCUCACAGCGAAGCCUCAUCGACAUCACGUCAAAGCAGAGUUUCUAGCUUUAGCACAAGCCGGGAUCACUGGGAGGAUCGGGAGAGAUUUCGCCAAGAGCACCGUCGUGAACGUCGAAGUCAUAGUCAGGAAAAGGAAAGGUUGGCUAGGCGGUUUGAGAAGCACGACAGCAAAAUCAACCAAUUACACGCUUCGGCUCGCCGUAACAGUGUUGUUGGUUCCAAACGCAGCACUUCCUUAUUCUACUCUACGCUGCCCCUUUUUGUUGAGAAUAUCCUCCAGCGCCUUCCAAGCGCUUUCAAAGAGUCCCCAGUUCCAGAUGGCAUGGUGCGAAUGAGGUGGAAAUGUACCUGUGGGGUUGAGUUUUUCGAUGAUGUUUUUGACAAUGACAUCCCCUGGACCGACUCAGGAGCGCAAAAAUUUCAGAAGAAAAGUAGAAUUAGUACGAGACAGGCUAUCAACCAAACUACCCAGGCCAUCUUAUCACUUGGCCGCUCACUCUCUGGAGCAGUUCGGAAAAUCAUCUCAAUAUCUGGACCCAUUCUACCUACCAAGAAUCCAGCACCAUCUAGCAACACGCAGAGUACAACAACAAAUCCAUCAGCGACGUUAGGUUCCGUCCCCGCAGACCAUCUGUUACUCUGCGUUGAAAAGAGCCUUAAUGAGACGAUCUUGAUUCAAAAUGAGCUAAAUACAAUCAAAACAGAUCGGCAACUGUUUCAAUUCUUACACUCUGCCUAUUUCGAGACAUUCAUCCUCAUCAUCUUUCUUGCUCUGCCAGCUGCAUAUGUCUCCCGCCGUGUGACAGGAUCGAUAAUGAAUACCGGUGUGGUCCAGCACCACAUCAACGGCCUGAAACCACGCCCGUCAUUGCUUCGAGUCGUCUUACACAUUUCCUCAAGUCUCCCAAUUGCAUUGACUCAAAACAAAAGAGCAUACUGA